UGGGCUUUCGAUGUGCCUCCGAACCGGUGGACGCUUAUUUGAAAAAAGGCGGUGAAGUGGAAGCCACUCGGGGCCGCAAAUGCUUGUGCAAUGCCCUCUGUGCCAAUGUGGGUAUGCCCCAGGUCAAUAAUAAAGAAGGAUACACCGAAGAAAUGCUGAUAACUCUUGGUGACAAUGUCAACGAGUGCCGUCGGUUUUUGAAACAAGAUGAAAAUGGAGAUUGGGGUUAUGGUGCCAAGGAUGUGGUAGACUAUCUAUUGUCCGAGUUCAAUGCCCGUGACAUGCUCAAGAAAGAAGAGAAUGCCAACGCCUUUUCAGAAGCAGUAGAAAGAGAUUUUCAGAUUACAACCAACUGA